CUGGUCCCGCCCGUUACACCCGCCUCCGGCCCGCGCCCUGCACGUUCCAUCCGUUCCGGCCCCCCCUUUGCUCCCUUCGUGGUCCGGUCGCUUGCUCGGGGGCCUGGGCUGAGACCCCCGCUUCACUGGGACCCCCGCCUUCGCUCAACUCUCGCUCGGGACCAUGACCUCUGAGGUGGCGCGGCACCUGCUCUAUCAGUCUCACAUGCCAACAAAAACAACUUGUCUGUCCUCACAAGUAUCUGAUGAUGAACAGAAACAAAAAAAAGAAAAUAUUCGUUCUUUAACUAUGUCUGGCCAUGUUGGUUUUGAGAGUUUGCCUGAUCAGCUGGUCAAUAGAUCCAUUCAGCAAGGCUUCUGUUUUAAUAUUCUCUGUGUGGGGGAGACUGGAAUUGGAAAAUCAACGCUGAUUGACACAUUGUUUAAUACUAAUUUUGAAGACCAUGGAUCCUCACAUUUUUACCCACAUGUUAGACUUAAAGCCCAGACAUAUGAACUCCAUGAAAGUAAUGUUCGAUUGAAAUUGACCAUUGUGAAUACAGUAGGAUUUGGUGACCAAAUAAACAAAGAAGAGAGCUACCAACCGAUAGUUGACUACAUAGAUGCUCAGUUUGAGGCCUAUCUCCAAGAGGAGCUGAAGAUCAAGCGCUCUCUCUUUAACUACCACGAUUCUCGCAUCCACGUGUGCCUCUACUUCAUCUCCCCUACAGGUCACUCUCUGAAGACACUGGAUCUCUUAACAAUGAAGAGCCUUGACAGCAAGGUGAACAUUAUACCAGUGAUUGCCAAAGCAGAUGCAAUUUCUAAAGCUGAAUUACAGAAGUUUAAGAUCAAGCUCAUGAGUGAAUUGGUUAGCAACGGUGUUCAGAUAUAUCAAUUUCCAACAGACGAUGAAACUAUUGCUAAAAUCAAUGCUUCAAUGAAUGGACAUUUGCCGUUUGCUGUUGUAGGAAGUAUGGAUGAGGUAAAAGUUGGAAAUAAGAUGGUCAAAGCUCGCCAGUACCCUUGGGGUGUUGUUCAAGUGGAAAAUGAAAACCACUGUGACUUUGUAAAGCUCCGGGAAAUGCUCAUUUGUACAAACAUGGAAGAUCUGCGAGAACAGACCCACACUAGGCAUUAUGAACUUUACAGGCGUUGCAAACUGGAGGAGAUGGGCUUUACAGAUGUGAGCCCAGAGAAUAAGCCACUCAGUCUUCAAGAGACCUAUGAAGCCAAAAGACAUGAAUUUUAUGGUGAACGUCAGAGGAAGGAAGAAGAAAUGAAGCAGAUGUUUGUGCAGCGAGUAAAGGAGAAAGAAGCCAUAUUGAAAGAAGCUGAAAGAGAGCUGCAGGCCAAAUUUGAACACCUUAAAAGAGUUCACCAAGAAGAGAGAAUGAAGCUUGAAGAGAAGAGAAGACUCUUGGAAGAAGAAAUAAUUGCUUUCUCAAAAAAGAAAGCUACCUCAGAGAUAUACCAGAACCAGUCCUUCAUGGCGUCGGGCGGCAACCUGAAGAAGGACAAGGACCGUAAGAAGGAACCAGGCUAUCGAUUCGAACUCCUGUGCUUUGAUGUCAGAGCUUGUGAAACCAAUGGUGGACGUAAAGAUGCAGAGGAAGGUAGAGAGGGUCCCUGUACGAUGGGGCGGCCAUGAGUAGCAUUUGGAUGAUAAUCUCAAGGCUUAUAGGUUUGGGCUCCAGUUUUAUGUAAAACAAAGGUUCCAGAUCACAGAAAGUCAUCACAAGCAAAAAUUAUUAAAAUGUUAGAAGUAUGCUUUGAUUUUCUUGCUGUUUUUAUUUGCUGUAUCAUUUAUUCUAUAUCUGGCAAAUGGCUGUAGUUACUGCCAUUUAUGGAAAAAUAUUUUUAAGUAUAAGGUUAAUACAUAAACCACAGUGGGUGAUAUCACUUUUAUAUUCACUGUUGUUAGAAGUUUUCAAGUUGCUGGUUUGUGAUGAAUCUAAAUCAUUUCUCCUGCUGCCCAGUUAUUGUCACUUACGUGCAUUGUACCACAGAGCAAAGUGUCAGUGCCAUUGAAAAUACAGAAGUCAUUCAUUAUAUGGCUAUCUGAUUGCAUUUAUAUUCCAAGAUGAACUCCUUUUUUGUACAUACUAAAGGUAAAUUUUGGGAAGUAUGUUUUAAAAUGUAUUAUGUACCUGAAGCUCUAACCUCUUUAAUAGUUUCAUAGAACUUUUUAAUUUUUGAUACCAUUAUCCAAUUGGUAACAUGAUCCUAAGCUUUUGUAUCAAAUUAUGUAACAUGGCCUUCCACAGUUCAGUGUGCCUUAUUGUGGUUGAUGUAUUGUUGUGAUGAAACAAGAUGUGUGUAAAAGUAAAAACACCUAGGUAUAAAUCCAUUUUCUAGUGAUGAGUACCUUUGAACCUGGGGUAUUGCCACUCUAUUUCAUUAGAAUGUUUUACAUACUUGUUGUUUAAAACUCUGUUUUCCAGGGGAAAAAUCAUAAGGUAGAAUCAUCUUAUUAAAAAUAUUUCUUAAAAAAAUAACUGUGAGCAACUGCAUAUUAAAAAUGAAAAUUUAGAUAAUCCAUAUAUUAAGGGAUAUUUGAAUUCAUUGCCUUUGUAGUAUUCUUAGAACAAUUUAAUGCCUUCUAAUUUUUUCUUAACAGUCAUUGGUAUAUAAAUUUUCAUUUUUUGUACUUGAAUUCUAAAUAAAAUUGACAUUUACUCUUGACAAAUAAAAUAUAUAUC